AUGGACCCCGAGUCUCCCCCCCGCGAGCUGGAGCUCUCGGCGCUGGAGGCCGAGAAGGAGCCGAUGGCCGCGGCCGAGCCGGGGACCCCCCCCCAGCCCCCCUCUCCCCACCGCGACCCCUCCCCAGCCCCGGAGCAGCGGCAGGGCGGCGAGAAGAACGGGCUGGUGAUGAAGAUCCCCCCCGAGGAGGAGGAGGAGGCGGCUUUGGGGGGCGCGGGGGCUUCGGGGAGCCCCAAAUUCACGGGGCUGGGCAAGGAGGAGCUGCUGAGGGAGGCGGGGACGCCGCUCUGGGCCCGGGCCCGCCUGGUGCUGCUCGUGCUCUUCUGGGGGGGCUGGCUCGGGAUGCUGGGGGCCGCUGCUGCCAUCGUGGCACAAGCCCCCCGAUGCCAGCCCCUGCCCACCAAAGCCUGGUGGGAGCUCGGGGCGCUCUACAGGGCCCCCCCCAAGGCCUUUGGGGGCGAUCUGAAAGGUGUGGAGAAACGUUUGGGGUACCUGAAGGACAAGCUGCAGGUGGGGGGGCUGGUGCUGGGCCCCGUGGCCCCCCAAAAACCCCCCGAGGGGCUCCUCCCCCCCUUGAAGGAGCUGGACCCAGCCCUGGGCACCAUCCAGGACUUCAAGGCCCUCCUGCAGGCAGCCAAGGACAAAGGUGGGCUGGGGGGGACCCCAAAACUGGGGGGGACCCCAAAAUGGGAAGGUUAGAGUGGGGGGAGGGGGGUGAACUGAGAGAAGAUUCUGAGGCAGAGUUGGUUUGGGGGGUUUUUGGGGGGCUUUGGGUGACCCCCCAUGUCCCCCCAGGUCUCGGUGGUGGCUGAGUGGAGGAACCUGACGGAGCAGCAGCCGAGCCCCAGCGGCGUGGCCAGGGUGCUGGUGGGGGGCACUCGGCUGCAGGAGCCCUGGAAGGUUCCGGGGGUCCCGGGGGGGCUGCAGCUGCUCCUGGGGCCCUUCCUGAAGCCCCUGGAGCCCAAACCCGACGCGGAGUCGCCCGAGGGAGCCGUGAGGAGCCUGCUCAACUUCCUGAGCUCCAACUCGUCCGGCGUGGGGCUGGGCUGGAGCGUGGGGUCCCCGUGGGAGGCCUGGGUGAGCCCCGAGCUGAGGCUGCAGCAGCUGCUGCUGCUCUGGGGGCUCCCCGGGACCCCCGUGCUGAGCUACGGCGACGAGCUGGGGCUGCCGCGGCCCCCCAAGGACCAGCAGCUGCCAUCGAUGCCGUGGGAAAUCAUCGACGAACCGAAAAGAGGCGGGAACGGCUCGGAGCCCCCCGAGCUGGAGCUGUGCACAGCCCUGGCCUCCCUGCGUGCCCACGAGCGCUCGCUGCUGCUGGGGGAGGCUCUGGCGGUGCCGGCGGGCUCGGCCGUGGCGCUGCUGCGGCGCUGGGACCAGAGCGAGCGCUUCCUGCUGCUGCUCAACCCCCACGGCAGCGCCCUCAAACCCUUCUCGGGCAGCAGAGACCCCCGGGACCCCCCCCUGCCCGCCUCGGCCACGCUGCGCUUCAGCACGGGCCCCAAGGAGCGCGGGGAGCAGCAGCUGCGGCUGGAGGAGCUCCGGCUGGAGCCGCACCAGGGGCUCCUGCUGGGCUUCCCCUACAGCCCCGAGUGACCCCAACCCCCCCCGGCCCCACAAACCCACCCUGGCUCCCCUCCCCCACCAGCCUUGCACCCCCUCGUUUCGGGGCGGGGGGUCCCACACUCAUCUCCCCUCGCUCGUUUUUUGGGUUCUCAUCCUGCUCCCCCCCCACCCUAAAGGGUUUUUUGGGGUUUUCUUUCCCCAAUUCUGUUUUGGGGUUUUUCUUUGUUUUCUGGGGGUGUUGGGGUCUCUCCACCCUCAAAUUCUGAAUAAAUGAUUGCAUUUGU